AUGGAGAAGUGCUAUUUCGUUGGAGCACAAGGUUCUUAACAUUCGCUAACUACAACAGCGGGUACACCAUGGCAGUUAACUACGCCUACCUACUGGUUCUCUACAGUCUACUUUGUCUGGCCGAUGAAGGUACCAACUUCACAGUUUCUGUGGCUGAAGAUGCCAAGAUUGAAACAGCCAUUGUCAGCUUGCCGCGUUUGUUGGGAACGGAGAAAGCGGAACUUCCGUGUGCAAUGAUGGAGGGGGAUCCCUAUGGCCGAUUCUUUGUGAGUAACAACUGUACAAUUUUGGUCGUCAGGCCGCUGGACUGGUCUGUACAGUCAGAGUACCUUUUAAAACUACUUGUUGGUGGGCAAGAACACACCGACAACCAUGUCGUCAGGAUCAGGGUAAAUGUGAAAAACGUUCUGGGCUAUCCUCCUGUGUACAACGAGACGUGUGGAACACCAGUCAAUCCCAGGGGAAACCAGACUGGGGAAUUCCUAUUUAGUUUUUCGCUAAGUAUAGAAGCUGAGACAACUGACGGAGAUGUUAUUUUCUUUGAGAAAGGGAUAAGCAAGCCUCUUGAGAGAUGGGACAUGGACGAUCAUAAGGUAAUCAUCACAGAAGAGAACAAUUGCGAAGUUCGUCUAGCGAUUGGGAUACAUAGUUUCAACGACAUCGCAAAUGUACUAGAAAUAUGGGACGUGCUGGAAAGAGACGACGAUUGGAAAGUUACGUCUUGUCAGGCGGAGACUGCCUUACAGCCAGAGCUGUCAGUUGUGCUUUUAGACAACAGAAACUGGCCUUACUUACAACAGCUUCAGGUUUCAAUCCCUCAAGCCAUGGAGAAACUUCAACAUCCUCGUGUGGUCUUCUAUCUUUCACUUGAUUUUCCAGCGAAGAGCAAAACGCUCUAUAGAUGUAAGUUUCCGAAACUGCGUCACCCACUCAGUCUUUCGAUAAGUCGUCGUCGUCAAGAAACAUUAAGUAUACGACAUCUUCAAACACUGACUGUGGAUUUUAACCCGAUCGGCUGUGCUCCCGAAAGAUAUGGCCUUCUUUGUAAUCAAAACUGCAUCUGUAAGAAUGGUGCCCGCUGCCAUGGCUUCAACGGUGCCUGUAAAUGUACAGACGCCUGGCAAGGUGUCGCUUGUGACAUUCCAAAGCCCGGCGUUUCCGCCACGACGACACCUAGUGACCCUUCUGAUGUCUACAUUUCCGCAAACCUCACGGUUCACUGUAAAGUUCACCACGUCAAAGCCACUAAGUUAUCAUUACGACUUCCAAACGGGUCUGAGAUCGUUAGAAAGAACUCAUCUCGAUUAGACCAAACUCUGUUGAACAUACAGCCCAGAGACAAUGGUCCCUACAUGUGUAAAGUAUGGGACGCCUACGGAAAGGUCUUCAACGCAACCGUUGUACUUGACAUUGCUAAGUGUCCACCUAAUAGAAAAGGCGAGUUCUGUGAUGAGACGUGUGACUGUCUGCGUGGCGUCACCUGUGACUGGAGAUCUGGCUGCGUCUGUUCCGCGGGCUGGACAGGAACCAGGUGUCAGGCCACAUGUCCGAACGGCACGUACGGCGAGCGGUGCCGAGAGGAGUGUCGCUGCCGAAACGGUGCAAGCUGCAGCCCUAGCGACGGCAGGUGUACCUGCGCGGCCGGUUGGUACGGCUGGCAGUGUGACGUACCUUGUCCUAAGUACAGGCACGGCCUGAGGUGUCAGCAGGUGUGCACCUGUAAGAACAACGCCACCUGUCACAACAUGGACGGCACCUGCACCUGCGUGGCGCCGUGGACAGGGAAGAAUUGUGACCAAGUCGAAGAGCAAGAUCAGGCGAUGCGACUGGAACCACUGCUCGAAAUCUUUGUCCCAAUCGGCGCCGUUAUAAUUUUGGCUGCUUGUGUAGGGGUCAUACUGUACAAGAAGAUGCACCUGUGCGGCGUUCAGGCCGGACAAGACGACGAGACGGAAGCCUUUCUGGAGAUGGAGCAGGUGGAGGCAGACCUGGCACAGACCGUCCGGCCGGGCUGGCUCAGCCGAUGGGGUAAGACCAGGCGGCACCUCACACUUGGUAAAUUGGUAGAUAUGGGGAUGUUUGGACAAGUCAUGGAGGCUAAGCUCAAGACUCACGCCGGGGACAUCACCGUUGCUGCCAAGGCGGUUCGCAGACGGGACAUCCAAUGUUAUCGCAACUUCUACAGAGAGGCGGCCAUUUUGGUAGCCGUGCAUGAAGACCAACAUCACGACAACAUCCGCUCCAACAUCAUUCAAUUGUUGGGAUUCAUCAACGAGUCGACCCACAAGUAUAUCCUCAUGGAAUACGCUUCCAACGGUAACCUGUUACGUUUGCUGCGACAGGCACGAAGACAAGACGGACCGCAGUCUCUCCCACGUCAUCUCCGCUAUGCCGUGCACAUUGCCCGCGCUCUUCAGGAGCUCCAACGCCUGGCGCUCACACACCGGGACGUGGCCGCUCGGAACGUCCUCAUCACUGCUCACCACGUGGCCAAGUUGGCCGACUUUGGACAGGCCCGCGACGUCUACACCGCUGUCCAAUACGUGCCUGAUGAUAAACACGGCAUAGAACAGUCUGCUAAGCCUAAAGACAACGUAAAGAAUGAAGUAUUUCCCCUGAACUGGACGGCUCUGGAGUCAUUAGAGACAGGUGAGUACACCUGUCAGAGUGACGUGUGGUCCUUCGGCGUGCUGCUGUGGGAGAUCGUCACCAUGGGACAAGAACCGCGUUACCAUGGCAACGACCAACCCACCUGCCAACAGCUCGUACGGACCCUCCGGAGGGGAAUCCGGCUCAGAAGGCCUCCGGGAUGUUCCGGAGAGAUGUAUGACGUCAUGAUGUCGUGUUGGCGGGAAAGUCCACCAACAAGACCGGGUCCGGAUGUGGUCGAGAUGAAACUCUUACAACUGCGGAAUGCGAUGAUUACAGUAAGGGAAACGACUGUCUGA